GCGCCGUCGAGUAGACACGAGGGAGGUGGACAUAGAGUGUAUAGAGGCGAGCAGCACUGGGUUCCGAGCGAGAAGCCGUCUCGACCACUCGACACGGUAGUCUUACCCACCGGCGCGAGAGACAUGAUCGAGCGCGACGUGCGCGAGUUCCUCGAUUCCGAGCGUUGGUACGUAGAUCGCGGAUUACCUUACAGACGCGGGUAUCUCCUUCACGGCUUGCCGGGAACCGGUAAGACGUCGUUGGUGUUCGCUCUUGCAGGACACUUCGGCCUGCCUCUCUACGUCGUAAGAUUGAGCGACGAACGCCUUUGUGACGAGGGCUUGCACAGAUUAUUUCGCACCACGGAGAAGCGCUCGAUCAUUUUACUCGACGACGUCGAUGCGCCCGGCGCAAACGCGGUGUUCAGAGAGUUACAGCCCGGAGAAAGCACUGGAAAUCUGAGCGUGCAAUCGACGCUUUCCCUGCUCGAUGGCGUCACCUCCGUCGACGGUCGACUCAUCUUCUUGUCAUGCCGCGACAAAUCGGCGCUCAACCAAACGCUCAUUCGACCAGGACGUUUCGAUGUUAUCCUUCGUUUCGACGCCCCUGGCAAAGAACAGAUCGAGAGCUACUUCAACCACUUCUUUGCGGACUUCGGUGGGGACGUCCCAUCCAUGGGAGCUGAGUUCGCCGAGCUUGCGGCGCACGUCGACACUCAGCCGAAAAGCAUGGCCGCGCUCCAGGUCUUGUUUCUGUCGCACAAGUCGAAUCCACGAGACGCUCUGGAAUCCAUGCGCGCUCGCAUCUCCGGCCAAAAGCGUUCCAUCACUUUCGGCGCGCGAAGCCGAAACUCCAGACGAGACCACUCUGCCGCCGCCGCGUGA